AUGAAUAAUAAUUAGAGUUCUAAUAUCAAAGGAGGCAUCAAUUUUCAAUAGCAGCAGUCAGAAAAGAAGAAUCACCAAUCUUUGCAUUCUCAAGCAGCAACCACAUCUAACACUCCCAAUCAAAUAAACAAUUAAGAUCCACUUUCAAACAAAAAUGAUAGCGGUUUCUUUUCAUCAAGGACAUUUAACAAGUUAUCCACAUUUUUCACCCAGAAUAAUAUACUCGGAGGGUUUAGUAAACAGCAAACAAUUAAACAGUUCUACAUCAAGGAAUGCGUGAAAUAGUACAAACAGAUAUUGCAUAAUGACAGUUUUCACUCAAAUUCCUCUAAAUAAAAUUAAUCUGAGAAUCAAUACCCUAAUGUAAAGCAUCUCAUUCCUACAUCAGUUUCAACACUUUAUAAUGAAGAGGAAUGCAUCGACUAUAUGCUUUAGCAGCCAGAUAUACCUCUUAGCGGGAUACUUAAUUUUAAUCAUAAGAUCAAUUUGUAGCAAGUAUUUUGUGAUUAAGUCCUCAAACUUAACUUCGUGACAGCAGAUGAAAUCAAGGCAGAAGUCAAGAAGAGUAAACAAAGAAGUUCUAAUUUAUAGAUUGCCUCUCUGAAAGAUUAUGAUAUGAUUAAAGUAUUAGGAACAGGAGGAUUUUCUCAGGUUUUAUUGGUUGACACAAACAAAGUCUAAUAGAUCAUCUGUGAAAGAAAAAUUCUAAGCAUGCUUAAUCAUCCAUUUAUUGUGUAACUUCACUGCUCAUUUACUUCAGUAAGCUACCUUAAGAUUAACUAAAUGUAGAAAAAUUAUUUGUAUUUGGUAUUGGAUUUAUGUCCUGGAGGAGAGCUUUUCUACUACAUUAGCAAAUUUAAGAACUUUAGUGAAAACCAGGCCAAGAUAUAUUUUGCUGAAAUUCUAUUAACCUUGGAAUAUUUACACGAUCAUAAUGUUCUAUACAGAGAUCUAAAGCCAGAAAACAUAUUAAUAGAUGAAAAUGGGCAUAUAAAAUUGACUGAUUUCGGUUUAUCAAGAAUGGAAUUUAAUGGAGAUUGCCUUGCUAGGACAUUUUGUGGAAGCCCUGAAUAUAUGAGCCCAGAAAUGCUAAAUUAGACUGGGCAUAGCUUUGAGCUUGAUAUUUAUUGUUUAGGAGUGCUAUUAUAUGAGCUAUUGACAGGUUUACCUCCUCAUUAUAAUUAAAACCGAAUGAGAAUGUACUAGGACAUUGUUCAUAAAAAAGUAGAAAUGCCUGGAUUUCUUAGUAAAAAUGCAAGAAGUUUAUUAUAUAGAAUGCUUGAGAAAGAUCCAAGUCUUAGAAUUACCAUUCAAUAAAUAAAGGAUCAUGAAUUUUGCAGGGAUGUUAAUUGGGAUUUAAUUUUUAACAAGAAGUUAAUUACCCCCAUAAAGAUAAAUAUCUACCAAAGUAAUUUUGAUAAAGAGUACACAAAGAUGCCAAUACAAAUAAACGCUGAUGAAGAGGAGGAUAUACUUUAUAAAGUGAGAACAUCAAUUAAUGAUAAUAAACUUAGAAGAACCAGAUCAAUGUCAAGAGAUUAAUAAGAUCACGAGAGGCUUGAUACAGUUAUCUCUAAUGAGUAAAAAAUCAAUCAUAUAUCAAGACUAAAGCAGAAGUAAAUUGGGGAUUUAAGGACAGCAAAAAAUAUAAUCGGAUAAAGCUAACCUGAAGAUUUGAAUUUUACAAACUAAGCUAGAAAAUCUGAGUAGAUAUAGCCAAUCAAGCAGAAAUUCUAAAAUGAUACAGGACAUAAUUCAAGAAAGCUUUUGAAAGAAAAGACUGAAACUCCAACCUUCUAAGAAUUCAUAUAUAGACGAUAAACUAUGAAUAAAUUGCCCGUUGUAUAUGAAAUGAUGAGUCCAACUAAUAAUUCAAACGAAUGUGGAUCAAGAGAAAGAAUAAAUACUAUUCUGACUAGAGUAGUAAGUGAUGAUCACAAAGACUUCUUUAAAGUGGCUGAAAGUUAUCAUCCAUCAAUAAUAACAGAACAUGGGGAAGAUGUGCGUAAAAAUAUUUAGAGUGUUAAACCAAUUCAUGAUCCAAAAAUGAUGAAAAGUCUUGCUGAGUACACACAAUCAAGGCAUAGUCACAUAUCAACCGCAACUUAAAAAUUAGGGUUUUAACAGCUUAAACAGGUGAAAAAUGAAUUAGGGGAAUCAAAUAUCAAUUUUGGGAUAGAAUCAAUAAUUCAAGCAUAAUAAAUUAAUGAGGAGGUUUCUGAAAAUGAUGGAGAUCAUUCAGAAAUUAAACUCAUACAGAGUGUAAGUAGCAAAACUAGUAGCGAUAGUCGUGAUUUAAGUCGAGAUAGAGGUGAGGAUGAUUUUAUGGUAGAUACAGUUAAAAGAUAAACGAGAAGACUUAACUUUAGUGACUAUGAGGAUGAUGAAGAAUAUAAAGAUAGAGUGGCUACUAUAUAAUCUGAAGAAAAUUCGCCUACAAAUAGAAGAGCGAAAAUAGAUAUUCACAAAAUCCUUGAAAAUGACUUUAACUGGCAUUCCUAAGCAGCAAAGUAAAAUUUUUAGGCUCAAAGAAUAAUGGUUUCUAAGAGAACAUCCCAAACUACGAAACAUUAACAAUAUCACAAAUAGUAAACAUUUAAUGUGCCUUUUGGAGUGAAUAAUCUCAGAGAUUUAUUAGGUCCUGAAAUAAAGAACCCAAAUUAAAGAUAAUCAGUUUAAAAAAGAUAAUCUGAAGUUCUAUUUGCCUUCACAGAAAAAGCUCAAGGUAUUGUUUCCGAAAGAAAAAGAGAAUCAAAUCUUUAUAUUUCCUUUAAUAAGCAUCCUUAAAGAUUAUGCCAGGAUGAUUCAGUCCCAGCUACACAUACAAAUUAAGAACUUAAAAUAGGAAAUAGUUUGGCUCAAAUCUAAUCUUGGGAUAAUUUUAAUUACAAUGACGAUGUUUAAGGUAGAAAUCUAGGUUCAAAACGAAACUCAGCCUACAAUAGUUAGACUAACUCCAAUAAAUUUGUUCAAUCCUCUUAGAUAUAACAAAAAGAGUUAAUAUCUCCGACAAAUAGUCAAAGAAAAUUAAGAUCAUAGAUGUCUUUCACUAGAAAAAGCAAUCAAAAUCAGAUUGAAAGACAAGGCAGCAUUUUGAGAAGACAAAAAUCUAGCACAGGAAAUUAUCAUGAUUCAAGAAGUCUUGUUUAGCAUCACUAAUGUAGCAGUGUUAGUAAAUUAUCAGCUUCGAGCAAACAAUCAUAUACUAAUAUGAAAUUCACUUCUAGGAUUAAAUAAGAAAGAUCAUUACCUCGAGAAGAUAAGAAAACUGAUAAGAAUAGACUUUUCAAGCCUACUAGUUAUUCAAAUGCUGCAUAAUCAUUAAACAACAGUGUGAAUAAACCCAAAGUUAAGUCAAGGAACAAAAUAUUAGCAAAAAUUAAGUCACAAACAAAUAAUAUUCAAAACAUUCUCAACCAAAACAUAGAUAUGAUUGAAAACAGCAAUUCAAAAAUGAUUUCUGGCUAAUCUGAUAUCUAGUUUAAAUAAUCUAUAGAGGAUCAUAAUAAUCCCUUUUAAGCCUAUCAAAAUACCAUAGGUAGCCAGUAGAUCAGUGAAUGCAAUACUUAGACUGUCAGUGAGCAAGAGAGUUUUCUUUAUGCUUUCAAGACUUAAGCUCCAAACAGCUUAAGACCAAGUAUUAUACACAAAAGUUAAUACAGUAGUAACACAACUUCCUAAUAAAUCCAUUAAUCUUCUACAUUAAAUUAAUAAAACCCAAAUAAAAACACCAUUAAAGCAAAGAGCAAGUAUGCACAUCAAUUCACUGUCUCAGGCCUAGAUAAGAGUCAUUUUUCAAUGCAUUAACAAUGGCAGUAGAAAUAACAUAGUCUUCUUUAGAAAAAAUUGCUUUCUCUUAAUGAUAAAUUAAUGAGUCCUUAAUCAAAAAAGGUAGCUGACAGUAAGCUAGGUAAAGAAGGGCAGACAAAUAUUGUUAACACUAGUACUCUGACUGGUAAUAAUAAUGCAAAUAUGAAUACUUCACAAAUGAAAACUAAUAUAAGUUUGAAUCAAUAAAUUACUGAUAUAGUCUAAAAAAAGCACGAAGAAAGCCCACAUAUCUAAUAGUAGCAAAGACCACUGAUAAGCAAACAAAAUUAGAUUAAAAUAAACUCAAAACCUGAUACUGUAUUAUAGACGAAAACUUCCCUAAUCAAGAUGGGCAAAAUGAUAAAUUUGCAGCAAAUACAAAAGAAACCUUCUAAGAUUUACAGUGAUGACGUCUCGCCAGGUAAUGAGAUGGAAGAGAGCAUUACAGAAUUUGAUGCAGAAAAUGAAGAUAUUAGAAAAUUUUUGUAGGAAUCUUCAUCCUAAAUCUUUGUAGAUGAGUUCACUCCAAAAGCUCAUUAGAAUGAAAAGAUUAAAUCAUUGAUAAAACCAAUUCAAGAGAUUGUGCCUUCUCGUGGUAGACAUUUUUCACCCCCUUAAAAAUCUAUUGACUACAUUUAAAAUCCUUCAUAGUAAUAUAAUCAUGCUAAAAUUACUCAUAAGUAGCAGCCACUACAUUUAGGAACAAAUUAAUCACAAUAUUAGACAUAAUAGCAUUAAUCAUUAUAGCAACAGCUUCAUCUAGAAAACUAAAAAUCAAUGCUAGCACUUUAGCACUAGCUUAACAAUUACUCAUCCAAGCUAAAAACUUUCACCACCCGAAGGAUGACUCAAUAAUCGAACAUAAGUUUAAUAAGUUAAACUUAACUUUCUGCCCGAGAAGCAAUUAACAAAAGCAACUAGAAGCCUUAACUGACUCAUAACACUUCUAUAAAGUCUAACGCAUAUACCUCAACUACUCAUAGAGUCCUUUACAAUUCUACAGCUAAUAAUAGUUAGAAUUAAACUUUUUCAGUAAAUUCAACAACAGUUAAACCCAUUGCUGCUUCUAAUAGAUAAAGUUCUGUGACUAGAAAAAAUGAAGUAGUGUUUAAAUAAAAUAAAGUUGGAAGUAAUCUAUAGUAAAUUACAAAGAGUAGUAAUAGACUUUUCUCACCACCAUAAAAGAGCACAAAUGGCUUUCAAAAUGACUUCUUUAUGAAGAAAGAUGUCUCUAAAAAUAUCGGAAAAGUGAGAAAGAUAGAUCUCAAUGAAUCUUUAAACAAAGCAUCAGCUGUCUUAAUUAGCAACAACAAUACUAACGUCACCACAUCAACAAAGACACUAGGAUUGAUAGGAUAUAUAUCACCAGAGAGUUCUAAGAGGAUAGCCUAGAAAAAUAUAAUCCACAUAAAUAAUAGAUUAUGA